CGAAACGAAAUUGUUUUGCCUAAUCACAUAACUAUUAUAACGGCUGCAGUAACAUCAAUAUUAGAAUCUACAAUAAAUGUGUACAGUAAACAAACCAAAGUGAAAAGUAGAUUCUAGAUCUAAUCUAGAAUCUAGAUCUAGACUAGAUCUCUUAUUCCUGUCAUUAAGAUUUUUAAAAAAAAAUGACUUCCUUUGCACAAGUGGAAAGCGCUCUUGUCAAGCAAGUAUUCUGGCGUAUUAGAUCUGCUGAAAGUGAUGAACAGUUUCAGAUGCCUUUUGGCAAAUUUUUAGCUCCCUUAAUUUUAAAGUUGAAUAGCUCAGAUGAAGCAGUCAGAUCCAAGCAGGAUGUUAAACUGAGAAGUCUGGUCUUUGUUGCUGUAGGCAAAAUUACAAGAUGUUCAUCUAAUAAGUUGACCAAAGAUAUUCAAGCGCUACAAAUUUUCUUUGAUUACAUGUGCCAGGAAGAGGGAGACACACAAUUGGCAGUACAAGAAGCUUUGUCCUUGAUGUCCCAGGCUUACUGUAAUCUGGAUGAUACCAACAGACAACUUUUAGAAGCUUUACUGCUUCACAAUGUUGACAAGGAUGAGCCUCAAGUGCUAGUGGUGACCAUUCAGCAUGGAGUUACUGUAUUUUCUAGUGACCACAUUCCAUCAAGAAGCAUCCUUAAGCUGGGGGCAGGAGACUUAAUUUCAGGCAAUCCAAGCAUAGCUAAGGAAAAAUGUGUAACAACCAUUGCCACACUUCUUACUGAUGAAAACUUAUCUAAAACAUCCUUUGCCUGCUUAGCACUGGGAGAAAAUGGACGAAAAGGUCCACUGCCAUUGUUGCCAGGAAGUGAGCAGUUUCCAGAGACGGAAGUGAAACAUGAAGUGGAUUUUAAGGAUCAGGACAUCACCAAAACAUGGCUGGUCCGCAACCUGGUAGCCAUGUUCAAAACCAGUAAUGGGUCCAGCAAGAUGUUGUCUUCUGUUCUAAAGACAUUUAUAUUCCUGACACUACUCUGUGCAACAAAUGGUUUGGAAAGAUUUGAACUGGUAGAUUGUAUUGAUUAUCCAGGAGGCAGAACUGUGUGUAAAAUAAAACAACAGGAAACUACACAAACUACUACACAAACUACUACACAAACCCAUUACAACAAGAUAAUAUUCUUCCUUGUGGUUAUUGCCAUAGCUGUCAUAUCUGGAUAUUGCCUAUGGAAGCGCACUGUCCAGUUUCGAAGGGAAAUUGGAGCAAGAUUUGUUAAUGGCAGAGGCAUAAGGCAUUUGGGAAUUGCUGAUAUAGAUGCAGAUGCUCUUUUCAUCAUUGAAUCAUCAAAAAGCAUUCCCUGUGUUCACUACAACAAAAUUCUACGUCUAACCUCUCUAAUAGUUUUCAAAUUUCCUACCCGGGAAUCACAAUUAAGAACUUCCUCAAUAAUCUUUAGUUCUGAAACUCAUUUAAUGUCAGCAUUCAACGGAGAUUUGACAAGAGAUGAAGCAGUUUCUGACAUUUUACAAUUCAAUCAUCUCCAACAAGGUUCACAAACUGAUAGAGCCCUUCAGUUUAUAAUCAAUGAGGACUUGUUUUCUGAGGAGAAAGGGGCAAGGCGAAAUUCAGUAAAAAUCAUGUUCUUGAUCACCUAUUUGCUGCCUGACCCUCUCACCUCAUGUAAAAGAAUUGCAGCUACCAUUCGUAGUCAGAGAAUAAACAUUAUCUGUGUUGGAAUUGGUGAACAGGUCAAUCUUCUUGGAGAGCUCACAGAAAUAGCUGGAAGUGACAAGAAUGUUUUUAUUUCUAGAACCUUUGAUACCUUGCCUUAUCUGGAUGAUGAAAUACUGGCCAGAGUCUAUGCCCUGUGUCUAGAAGGAAAAAACGCCAACUAGUGGAUUAAAGGUGACGGAAAGGACCAGUUCUAAAGAAGUCGUUUGGAUUUAUAGAUAUGUAUUUUGUUACAUAUUUUUUUUUAAAACAUCAGUGGUUGAUAAUCUAGCUGAGGAAAUUCCCAUCUAACCUGACUAGUAACCAGGUGUUUGUACCAUUGAUCUCUAAUUUAGGCAUAAUUUAGUAUAUAAUAUAAGAUGCAUUGCUGAUGUUGAUAACUGAUCCACCCAGACUCUUGCAAGCAGCAGUUUGGUGUAGAAAAGUUGUUAAGUUGUACAUGGCAAACCAUUUUGUUGCUUUACCAACAUUUAAAGUAUUUGGUGCUUAUCUUUGUUAGUUUCAAUGUAUUCAGAGCUAUGAUAAAUAUUAAACAUAUGAUAGAUGUUUAAAUCAUGUGAACAUUUUGCUUUUGUAAAUCGAAGUUCUCUAUCAGGAACUGUAACAUGUGUACAUUUGUACAGGAAAUAACAAUUUUCGCAUAGAUCUGCACCAUGUUUACAUUCCUACUGGACUGAAAUUUGUUUGCAUUCUUACAGGAAUUUUAAAACUUUCCUAUUUUUUAAACUUUCAGAAUAAAUUUCAAAGUAUCAAU